AUGGGGCGUGGAAAUAACAAUGAUCGAAAUGUGCAUGAUUGCGCUGGUGCUGCUGACGGCGUCGCCGAAGAUGACGAUGAUGAUUAUUAUGAUGAUAGUAGUAUUAGUGGUGGAGGAGAUGAGGAUGAUGAUAAGGAUGAUGACGAUAAUGAUGACGAUGAUAUUGAUGAAGAGGAGGUGGAUGAUUACGACGAUUAUGAUGAUAAGGAGGAGGAUGUUGAUGACGAUGCUGAUGAUGAUCGUAACUAUAAUGGUGAUGCGGAUGAUAAUGAUGAUGAUAGUGGUGAUGAUUAUGACGAGAAUGAUGAUGACGAUUAUGAUGAUCAUGAUGAUGAUGAUGAUGAUGAUGAUGAAUACGAUGACGGUGAUGAUGGCGAUGUUCAUAUUGACGAUGGUGAGGUAUGA